UUUCGUAGGUACCUGUCAGCCACUCACAGAUGCUGUUGCGAUUAUACUUCCUGAUGCAGCUAUCCAAAUUUUAUGGUCCGAUUAUGUCAAAGAUAUUGGGGCUUUAUGGCAAGAGUGUGGCUUGGGAGAUUCCCCUAAGAAAAUUUACCAUCAUUUGAUGAUCUUGGUGCUUUCCGGGGAAGAUCGCAUCAAAGCAUGGAGUUCGUUGAUGAAGAAAUCCGGGCACACAGAACGGAUUUUUCUCAGCUAGGAAGCUUUUUCUAUCUUUUCAAGACUCGCUGGGACAACAAUUUAAAGCUCUUAGGAGCUCCCUUGGAGGCUCUCCAGGUUCAUCGCAGAACGGAGGCCGUUGGAAGAUAUCUUUCUGUUCAAUUCGGGUACAACAAGAAGAGUGUCGAAAAAUUAACACGUGUCCUCUAUGAAACGUUGAAAAGCGAAAAUGACCUGAUGAAGUCAUUUCAGAGUGGCGAAAAACGCCUUAUAAAGGACAAAACAAAUUCCUUCGUUCUGCCCCGAGAUGUCACCCAUUUCAUGACGGUCAAUCAGCAGUGCACCAGAAAAAGAAUUAGUUUGGCGAGUUUCUUCGCCACAUGCUUUAUGCCGCCAUUGCUGUCAAAAUUGCAUGGACUGCUGGGAGGCCCUGAAAAUCGCACAUCAGCAACCCCGCUUCUAACAUCAGACACUAAUAAUGGUGAAGCGCAAGCUGUAAAUUCUGGGUUUUUCAAGAGGAAGCAUGCUGCAAAAAUAGCAGACAUCAGUGCAUUGGCUUCAAUGAGUGGCUCAAAGAAGCAAUACACUGGUGGACCACGGCCGGAGUCUCCAGAGCCGUUAGGACAUGCUUCAGAUGAUGAAUAAUCGCUUUGGGAAUUCGACGGAUACACGUUUGCUAUUAAGCAAUCUCAAACUCAUAAAACUAAUCGUGUCAAUUUACUACUUGAGUCAGUUUAUAUGUCGAGCUUGAUUUUUGUUAUAUUCAUUUUAAUUAUUCUAUAUUAACUAUCAUAACUAUUGCGUUAAAAUUAUAGAGUGAAAAGAAACCCGUGAAACACCAACGUAUCUUAACAACAUUUUAUUUUUGUU